AUGACAACUGUGGAAAAAGUCAAUUUAACCACUGGCACUGGCUGGGGUUCUGGUCCUUGUAUUGGUAAUACUGGUUCGAUUCCAAGAUUAAAUAUCCCUUCUUUAUGUAUUCAAGAUGGUCCCAAUGGCGUUAGAUUCACUGAUUUUAUAACAAGCUUCCCCUCGGGUUUAGCUACUGGUUCAACUUUUAAUAAAGCCUUAAUCUACUUGAGAGGCAAAGCAAUCGCCCAACAGCAUAAAAUCAAAGGUGUUCAUGUCCUAUUAGGUCCAACCAUUGGUCCAAUUGGUCUAAAAGCCAAAGGAGGUAGAAAUUGGGAAUCCUUUGGUGCUGAUCCUUAUUUGCAAGGUGUUUCUGCUCGUUAUACCAUAAAGGGUAUUCAAGAAGAAGGCAUUGUGGCCUGUGUAAGACAUUUAAUAGGCAAUGAGCAAGAAAGAUAUCGACAAUUAAAUGAAUGGUCAGGAGACUAUUGGGAUAAUUUAGAACAAGCAAUUAGCAGUAACAUUGGUGAUAGAGCAAUGCAUGAAAUUUAUCUAUGGCCUUUUGCUGAUGCCAUCAAUGAAGGUGUUGGCUCUGUUAUGUGUGCCUACAAUCGUCUCAAUAAUACCUAUUCUUGUGAAAACUCCUACCUUUUAAAUUAUCUCUUAAAAGAGGAAUUAGGUUUUCAAGGUUGGGUAAUGUCUGAUUGGGGUGCAACUCAUUCUGGUGUAUCGAGUGUUUUAGCCGGCUUAGAUAUGAAUUGUCCCGGUGAAGUAAUAGGUGAGUGGUUAUCCGGUAAAUCAUACUGGGGUCCCUUAUUAACUAGGUCUAUUUACAAUGAAACUGUAUCUGAAGAAAAAAUCGAUGAUAUGGUAACAAGAAUUUUAGCUCCUUUUUUCCUUUUAAAAUCGAUGCCUGUAUUUUAUGAUAUUCCAAAUUUUUCCUCUUGGACUUCUCAUACUUAUGAUCAAGAAUUUCCUUAUCAAAAUUUUGGUCCAAUUAAACAAAUUAAUUGGCAUAUAGAUGCAAGAAAUGAUUUUACUGAAGAAACUGCUUUACAAGUUGCUCAAGAAUCCAUUGUUUUGUUGAAAAAUGAUGGAAAAUUAUUGCCGAUCAGUAGAGAAGAUGGUGUUCGUCGUAUUUUAGUCGCAGGUUCGGCUUCAAGACCAAGUAAUAAGGGUUUUAAUUGUAAGGAAAAACAGUGUGUUGAUGGUGCUUUAUUUCAAGGUUGGGGCUCUGCUACUGUUAAUCAACCUUUUGGAAUAACUCCGUAUGAAGCAAUUUCUGCCAGGGCGCGUAAAGAAAUGAUUGCCAUUGAUUUCAGUGACGAUAAUUAUCAGUUUGAUCAUACUGAGGAAUUGGCAUCUUAUGCGGAUGUUUCAAUUGUUUUUGUUUCUGCUGAUAGUGGUGAAGGAUACAUUGAAGUUGAUGGUAAUUUUGGUGAUAGAAAAAACGUAUCUUUAUGGCAAAAUGGCGAUGAACUAAUCUCUCAUAUUGCAGAUAACUGCCAUAAAACUGUUGUAGUCAUUACAUCUGUUGGUCCAGUAGAUAUGGAAAAAUGGAUUGAACAUGAAAAUGUUUUGGCAGUCUUAUGGUCUGGGCCAUUAGGCCAAUAUUCUGGUGCUGCAAUUACCAGUGUCUUAUUUGGAGAUAUCAAUCCUUCGGGUCAUUUACCAUUUACCAUUGCUAAAAAUCCUCUUGAUUAUGUUGAUAUAAUUGAGGACAUUCCUGGAGAUGGCGAGCCGCAAGAUGAUUCAUUUAUGGAGAGAGAUUUAUUACUUGAUUAUAGGUAUUUUGAUGAAAAUAAAAUUAAACCGAGAUAUGAGUUUGGAUUUGGAUUAUCAUAUUCGAGAUUUUCAUUAUGCAAUUUAAAGAUCAAAGAAAUCAAUUGUCCAAGUGAAUAUUUACCUUGCCCAUUACCAUAUUUGCCACCUUAUAGAUUUGAUGAUCAGUAUGAUAUCGCUGAUCCUGAAAAUGCUUUGUUCCCUUAUGAAGAAUUGACGCCAGUUCCCGGAUUUAUCUAUCCAUAUCUUUUCAAUGAUAAAAUUUCCUCUGUUGAUGAAUAUUGUUAUCCAAAUGGAUAUUCGCCUGAACAGCGUAAAGAGCCUGUUGCUGCUGGAGGUGGACUUGGAGGAAAUCCAGCCUUAUGGGAUGUAUUAUACAAUGUCAAAGUUGAUAUCAAAAACGAAGGACCGUAUGAUGGACAAUAUGUUGCUCAAUUAUACAUUGAGUUUCCUCGAGACGAAACAUGCACCGAUCUUUUGGACACACCGCCAAGACAAUUACGUGGAUUUGAAAAAGUUAAGAUUAAUUUUGAUUCAUCUGUUGGUAUAAGCUUUGAUAUUUUACGUCGUGAUAUGAGUGUCUGGGAUCCUCAUGAACAGAACUGGAGAAUUAUGAGAGGAGUGUAUAAGAUCUAUGUUGGAUCAAGUAGUAGAAAAUUGGACCUAUGUGGGGAAAUUGAUAUUUCUUAUGAUAAGGAAUCAGAAGAAGGAGAAGGAGAAGAUAAUGAUAAUGAUAAUGAUAAAGACGAAUUAUCGGACAUUGAUUAUUAUGGUUCAGUAAGAAGCACUGGUAAAAAUAAAAAUAAAAAUAAGAAUAAUAAAAAAGAUCUAAAGAUGAUGGAAAAUGAUGGAAAAGAGAAUUUUAAGAUUAUUUCGAAAGGAAAAAGCAGUAAGAAAUGA